GUGGAUGCCGAAACACUUAUUUUUCUGAUUCUGUAUGUGUAUUUUCUCUUUCCUUUUCCAUCGUACAACAUAGACAAGGCAGAUAUCGCCGUGUCCUCUCCGAGAGGCAAGUCGACGUCCGACGAACGAGCAACAUGACCCACCCCCCCUUCACUGCGUUCGCGCGAUGGUGACGGAAGCAUGUCCAUGGGGACAUAACGAUCGUCAGUGCGAGUUGGCGGUGGCGAAUUCACCCGAAGUGAAGGAUCUGGAGACCCAUACGCCGGUGGAAAGAGGAAGCAAUUGGCUACUGCCCCGUCUUCGUCGGUUGCGGUUGUCUAGACUCUGCCCGCUCCGGUUCCGCCCUCGGAUCGGCAAGGUCACGAUGCGGCCGAGCAGUCCAGCGAGGCCACAGACUACGACGACGGAGUUGUGCGCUAUCGGGCUGGUCCCCAGCAUCGUUCCCGGGGAGGUGCAGGUGCCUUCAAUGACGAGGAAUGCGAGGGCCAAAAUGUGGAGGGCGGUGAUUGGGAUGGGGAGGGCGGUGGUGAGGAGGGGGAGGGCGGUGGUGAGGGGGACGACGGUAAUGAAGGAGAUGCUGAAGGCGAGGGCCGACACCGUCAAUGAAGCUCGCGGAGCGUUGACGGGAUCCCAGAAAGCGCGGACUCCUCUGAAAACUGGUGGGGGGUGGCGAAGUGGCAGUCGUGGCGGCGGUCGCGGCGGCGGUAGGAAAGGCUCGCAGAGGUCCAGGGCACCUGAGCUGCGGGACUCGGGGGAUGAGGGCGAGGGGGUGGGGCCUCGCAUGCCCGAAGACAUUGAAGAGCUGAUUCAGCACGCCGCGCCCCUCGACACGAGACGAUGUUUCUUCCUCGAAUACGACGAACAGGGCUUUGCCAGGCAAGAUGUCCAUGUUGUUAACGUCGACGUUACAAGGAUCAAACCCAUUCCCCGUGGGAGGAUCCUUUUUAACCACCGUUCGUUGUCUGAGAACAUUGUGAGAGGCAUUGAGAGUGCCAUAGAAAGCUCCAUCAGUGCUGACCCGGGUGUGUGGGAUAGACCUGAGCUCGUUCUUGCACCGGUUGACCCCAACGUCAUCGUCAGUGGGCAGGGAAGGCGAAUCACGCCAGACGAGUUCCUCCAGAGAGACUCUGCAGAGUUCGACUGGUACGCUGUCUGCGGUCAGCAUACUGCCGAGGCCAUGAAACGGUUGGUUGCAAAGGACUCCCCCGCGGUCAAAGUCUACGGCCUCCGCGCGUACAAGGAUUGGAGUAACAAACUCCGGGGGUACCUGAACCUCGCCACGUCCACCCGCACGGUUUGGCCGCUGGUGGAGAAGUUUUUCGCGAUGUUCGAGGAGGGUAAAUUGCCAAUCAACGACGACAAGAUUCCACUUGAGAUGUCGGGGAGGAUGGAGGGGCGCCUGCCCGGCCCGUACACUGACGAGAGCAAGGGACAACGGACUUUGUACCACUGCAUAUAUGUGAAAGAUGGUCCCAAGGGCUCCACCGUGUCCUGGAAGGAUUUGUGUCCUACGUACUUCAAGAACUUCGGGGACAUGACAUGCCGCGAAAGAGAAGUCGCGCUACUCUUGCUCCUGUCGGGAAAAGUGGUGGCAACAAAAGUGAGAGUCGCGCCUCCGAGGGUGAACACAGAGUGCCUCCUCGACAUUAUGCGCAAGGAGAGAUACAUGGUCCGCAUGUUCAACUACGUCGUGUUUCGUGUCGAGAAGCUGCAUAGCAACUUAGUGAAGACGAUCCCUUGGCGACUUGAAGGAGUGGAGGAGGCAAGGCAAGGUGCGGGCUUGGGGCCUACAGAAGUGAUGUACAAGGAGGCUCCGUUUCACUUCAAGGUCUUUAUAUACACCGUUAUCGAUACGCUCGAUAUGCUUCGAGCGGAGGUGAAACGGAUCGCCUCAAGUGCACGCCAUCUUGUAUGGGACAAACUCGGCAGGCAGACCACAUUGCUUUCUGUAUGCAUGCAGUCAAAGGAGGUUAUGGCGGCGCCCGUCGACAUCUUCGCCGCCGCACAAAAAAUGGCAUGCAAGGCCGCCAUCGUGGACAUCUCGGCCGCAAAUUUCAGCAGUGCAUGGACCUCGCAGGACUUCAAUGCACUGUACGCAAUGAUGGCGAAGUGUUGUGGUCCAAAUUGGGUCCUCUUCUUCUUUGCACCGCAGAAUGUGCAAAGUUAUGUCUUGCGUCAAUUGUACCGUUGGGAGGACAUCGAGCUCAUCCCCGGGUCUUGGAAACGCGUGGACAGGCCGUCGAGGGACAUUACAAGGUACGGCAACAUCGCUACCAUCAGUCGGGACCUAAUGACCAUCGUCCUGCACGCUGAAGGAGGGGAUCUGAAAAAAGUAAAUGUCGCACCCCGACUUCUCAACGACCUCACCGAAGUGCAUGUUGUGGAGGAAAAGUUUGGGAAGUGUCUCGGAAAACACGGUGGCGUCGAAGGUGACGAAGGUGCCGCAUAUUCAAUUUGGGAACGAGAACCCGACAAGUUGCGGAAGUUGUGCAGUUCAUUUGUUGGAGAGGCGGAAGGUGUGUUUUUGCUAGGUAGGGCUCACGCGGGUCUUGUAUGGAAGUUCUUGCUUGCAGGUAAUAAUGUCAUUGCCUGUGACGAGUCGGCCAAGGACAUUGCAUACUUGACAAAGUUCAUCGACAUACUUGUCAAGGAUGGGAAAUUCGAGUGUCGUCUCGAGAAGCCGCGUGCCACAUAUCGCACCAACAGGGAUAUGUACCACAAGUUGGGAUCGAAGAGACUGAAGGGGUGGGAAUACCUGUUCCGCGAUGCGCCGGAUGGACGCCUUGAUGGAGGAUACAUAUAUAGGAAAGCCAAGGUGACCGAGGCCCUCAAACAUUAUCACGGUGCUCUAACUGGCGCCUUCGAGACAUUCGUUGCUCGAUGCGAGAUCUUGAGGUUUGAUCUUCACAAAGAUCAACUGACGUUUAAGGACUAUGCAGACCUCACUAAGUCGGGUGAAGGCUUUAACCCCAUCGACAGCGAGGAAGACUCGUCUGGCUCCGACCUCGAGAUCGAAAACGACACCAAUGCGACCGGGUGGUGUGGACAGUCCGCUGCCAUGGAGCACAGCAUCAAGGGAUAUAGACCGGGUCAAUCAGAGGGAUGCUCGAACAUGCCACCCGCGAACAGUGUAGCCUCGUGGGUGGACCGGGUUUUGUGUACGCCUGUGGAAGAGGACGAAGACGAUGAUCUUGAUAUUCUUGCUCAGCCAACGAAGUUGGCGCCGGGCGAUCCGAUUCCUCCCAGCUUUUGUGCGGACCCAAACACUGUGUAUUUCUUGGAUGACAAAUACACCUGCACUAGUGAGGACAAGUGGGGCCAUGAUAUCAUUUGGCAUGACGGCAUUUUCGAGUCAUGCAUCCAAGGCGGGGAGUGGAAAAAGGCUGUGAAGUAUUUAAAGUACUCACACAAGCUUUACGAGCUGCAGUCGAGUCCCUCGUACGGCAAGAUUGAUUGGAAGGUCGAGCGCGCCGCCGCGCUCGAGAGCAUGGACGUGGACUCCCGAGAAGAUGUCGCCCCUGUGCCCGAGGCGGCCACAGGGAACACGAUGGGUGAACAAAGGGAAGAUGGUGGGAGGACGUUGGGCGUGAAGCCUCUGUUGCCAGAGGCGGGGAACACGCACGCAGGUAAAAACACCAUCAGAGUCAUCUAUGUCGUAACGGGGGAUACAUCACAAGGUGAACAAGUGUCGCUCGACAAGCCGGCGGAUGCGGGCGUCACAUAUGGAAGUCUCCUCGCGACACGUGCGGCGCUGGCAGGCACAUCGGAGAUGGAGUCAAAGUCCACUGUUGGGAUGGGCGUCACGGGGAUGUCAUUGCAUCCGCCCACAUGCACUAGCAAAGGUGACGCACAUUGUACAACAACACCAUAGGGAGGGGUCACAGGGGAUGACGGGAAUGGGGGGAAUGCAGGAGGGUCUCCACGUUCUCGCAAUAUUGAGGACAUGA